CCGUAAUGAGACCCCAUGUCAAUCACAUUUUUAGUUUUUGUAGUAAAAACAUAACAUUUAUAAAGCAAAUUUGGGUACAAAAAUUUGUAAAAUCAACCAUUUUGUACCAACAUUUUUAGCUAUUCCGUACCCCCUAGCACCCCUUGAGUGAAAGCUAGAUGGAUUCACUCCCCAGCAAUGCCAGUUUGGCGUGUUUUCCUUGAAAGCUUAUACAUUACAAUGGUGAAUCUAGAAUCUGAUUUUUAAAAUCUUAGAUAUUGCCUGAUUUUCAAAUACCCACAAGUUAGUGAACGUAACAACAUUUUCUUUGGCCUAUCUCUAAGUGUGAUGAAAGGGCUAUGUUUAAAAUAUGCCACAUAUGUAUUGUCAUUUAUUAGAGGGUAUUAUGUAUGUCUUGAAACAUGCUUUGAAUCAGUUGCAUUUCCUAGAUCAUCUUUUUAGAUUGAUUUUGUAUUGGAACCUCUUAUCAGGCUUUGGUCCUAUAUGUCAUAAAAAAAUAAAAUAUUGCUACUCCUCGGUACUCUUUAGGAGUAUAAGAGUUACUAGUAGAAACUUUGAUUGGUUAAAUACCCGAUGGGUAUUUAUAAAAAAUACAAAUGCUAGCAGUGUUUUAUAACGUUUAUUGAAUUUAACAUAUAAAAUGAGUAAAAAGAGACGAUCAUUUGUUGGUUGGAGGGUAUAAUUUGUGGUGAAUUAAAACCUCGAUAAACUUGUGACAAACACCCAUAUGCCAAAAAGGGUGGGUAUUUAUGAUUAGCGGGUAUUUAUGUUUUGAAACUUUUAAACACUGGUUGUAUAGAUUUUUUGGAGGACCCAUCAUAUUGAAAAGGUAAUAACUUUAGUACAAAAUCUUUUAAAAUUAUAUAAUCAAAAAAGUGCUAUAUGUUUACAAAAUAGUGGGUACCAAACCCAUAAACUCUUAAAGAACUCUUACAAAGAAGUAUUGUUAUUACAUUUUUGUUAUUAAUGAAUUUCCCUAUAGGUAGCUAUUAGAUAAGUCACAAUCUAACGGUAGCUAUUACCGUAGGUGGCAUGGUAAGACCUAGGCCCAGGACGGAUACAAUUUUUAAUUUUGAUGUCCCCAGAGUCCAAAAACACCACCCGUUCAAAUUUUUAUACAUGUAUAUACAGGGUGUCAAUAAAAAACGUUUCAAGACUUUGGGAAAUGAAUCCUCAUAGUAAAAGGCAGAAAAAAGUGUAUGUCAAGGUAUGUCCGAAAAUGCAUAUUUACCCAGAUAUCCGUAAUUUUUUUUUAUAAAAAAAUAUUUUUAUCUGUGAAGUUUUUCAUUUGAUCAUUAUGAAAUUUGGUAAGCAUGUUAACAUUAGCCUAUUAGCCUAUAGAAAAAAAGUUGGUCUAAUUGUAAAUUUCAAAAUGCCGGCUGUUUGAAUUUUUAUAGAUUAAAUAACUCAAAAAAGGCUAAUUCUAUAAAAAAAAUGUCGAGAAUACUUUUUUGCAUUUUUGAUUCCCUAUCGAAUAAUCCCAAGAUCAAAAGGAUUGGACGACAAGUAACUGAAAUAGAAAGUUUUUUAAUUGUAAGAUCAGGCAAAAUUUAGUGUUCCCCGGCAAACUUUGCCUUUUUUAUUUUUUAAAUUUGUACGCUAAUAACCUUGGGAAACUUUUGCAGCUUAAUUGUUGCAAAUUAUGUGAAUGGUGAAUUAUCAAAACCAUUGACGUCAAAACUAUUAACGUCAACUAUACAAAAUGUACAUUUUGUAAUUUGUUACAAAAAAUUCUUGAUUAAAAACAAAAUUGUUUCUAUAAUAAUGAAAAAUAAAUAAAAAUCAUUAUUUGAAUCUGUAAUGAAAAAGUCAAGUCUAGAGCUUGCUUUACUUCGUCCAUCAGGAGCAAGACUUCAAAGAUGAUCUGGACUUUGAUCAGGUGAAUAAGAACUCAGAUUUCAGUACGCUUUUCUUUGAAGCUGCAAUUUCUGCUUUUCAAAUAAUGCCUUAAAUAAUGCUUCAACCUUCUGCUUUUCAAACGCUGAAGUUUCUAUUUCCCGUUACCACAAGACUAAGGUGUUGAAUCUAUGGUGGUUAUUUUUGCUGAAAACCUCUUGGUACUAAGCCAGCCAUUCUGUUUCAUGCAUUCUUAUCUUUUACUUUUGCAGGUUUUAUAAACAUUCGUGCUGACUUAUCUUCUACUCUUAAGAUCUUAUUAAAUUUAUUUCCAUUUCUGCUACCUCAUCUUAAAAUAAAUUAUCUGUUUUUUAUUGUAUAUUCCCCGAGAGCAAAAUGAACUGUGUACUAUUGCAUGGAUUUUCUGUUUACUUUUUGUCUUGCUCGUAAGCCGUGUUUACACAAUUCCAGUAGAGCACACAGGUUACGGAGCAGGUUAUGUGUCUCUAGUGUAUAGUUACCUGAGGCAAGUAACAUAUACUCGUUUACUGGCCUCGUGCAAACACGGCUAUAUGAUAAUUCUAUCUAUUUUUGUUCACUAACUUUGUUCUAGAUACUAACCUAAUGAUAAUACAAUUUAGUAGGUACCUAUAUUAUCCUUUAAACAGACCUGACAUGGGGAUUAUUGACAAAAAAAAAACAUUACAAGAUCCCUAGGUGGAUAAGGGAAGUUGAUAUUUGAGGGAAAUAAUAGUCAUUUGUUAAUCUUUAGAUUAUUGUUGAAUAAUUCUGACUAAACUUUGUAUUUGAUCAUUUCCCCUUAAAUAAUGAAUCUUUAUGUAUUCAAUUCAUCAAAUAUUUAUGUACCAAAAGUACUACACUGUUAGUAUCCAACCAUCAACAAAUCCUAACAGUUUACAGUGUCAAAAUUAUUUUGAAUAUUAUUUAUGGCCCUGAUAAUUCUUUGGUCGCCUGGACAAAAAAGGACUGAAUCAAACAGACAAUCAACAUAUAUUUUACGUUUUAGGAAGGAGAAGAGGGAGAAGAAGGAGAAGGAGGUGAAGGAGGUCAAUUAGAAGGUCAACCGGGGGAAGGGGAAACUCCUCCAGUUGUAGACGAACUUUCAGGGGUUCCUCCAACUGAGGGUGAAACUACAGAACCUCCUGUAGAAGGAGCUGAACCACCACCAGAGGGGGAGAUGGGGGUAGAACAACCCCCACUAGAGGCAGAACAACCCCCACCGCCAGAGCCUGAAGUAGAGGAUCUUGGACAUUACGUUGAACCUGAAGACACCCCGCUACUCAUUGAAGAUAUGCAGCAAGCGCUCAUGCUGUUGAGAAGGACUUCUAAAAGUCUCUCCAUUGAAGACUUGGCAAAACUGUUGAAUGAAGAAGGUGGGGAAAUACAACCCGAAGGAGAGAGUACCCAGAAUACUCCAGGGGUAGGGGAAGUUCCUACUCCAGAAACUGUGGUCGCUAGCGAAGGCACCGAACCUACUCCAGUAGUAGAGGGGGAAGCAGCAUCGGCACCACAGAACGAACCAUCAGCCAGUGAUCCGGCACCUACUGAAGAUGUGGCACCCCCUCCUGAAUCUACUGAGCCUCAAGAAGCUUAAAAAAAUCUGUUUUGCUUCUGUAGAAAUCACAUUCAAAACAAAAAUGUCUUAGUUGAUUCCUUAAAGAUAUGUAAUUUGAUUAUUUUUAGUGGGUAUCACACUUGUUCAUUUUGUUGUUUAGGGUACAAAUACAUUUUCAAAUUGUCUUAUGUUGUUUGUUGAGUGAUAUGUGUAACCUUUAUACAUUUUCAGAAUAAAUUGACUA